AUGGGUGGAACACAGUAUGGAAAAUUCCAAGACUUCUGUCGCGAUGCGACACUCCCUAUAUGCAAUAUUCUCGUCACGAACAACCAACCCCCUGGCCUUUUGUAUGGCGGCUGUGUGCUGCGUGGAAUCACACUGAGUAACAACCGCAAUCUCGCCAACCUGGGCUCGAUACUGCUCUGUGGCAUUGCCAUUGUCGUCACGUUGUUUCUGAUAUGGCGUGCAGAAAGGAAAGCUGCCGCAGUCGGUCGCCGGGAGAUGCAGAUGUUCCUAGUCGGAUACCUGAUCAUUGAGAUCUGCGAAAUUUUCACAACUGGCGGAUUUCCAUUGAACAAUGAUGUGCGGAAAGGGUUCACGGCCGUCCAUCUGGCCGCCAUCGUGGCGACCAUGUGGAUCCUGCUCAUGAACGCAGUCGUGGGUUACCAAUUACUGGACGACGGCACGCGCUUGUCACUGGGACUGAUCGGCUUCAGCGCGCUGGCACUAUUCAUUGGAACUGGCUAUAUUGCACUCGACACGGCCUUCUCUUGGACAGGGUUUUGGGACAGCUCGUUGCAACCCCCGCACCAGAACUACGCCCUCUACACGCUGUACCAGCUUGCGCCCUUGGUCUUCCUGUUUUUGUUCUUCGUCCUCGAGUCGAUACUGGUUCUCAGAAUCCUGGGCGAAACGAAACCAAUGGUCUAUCUGUUCGCCGCAGCCCUCCUCUUCGCUAUCGGCCAGGUCUUCAUGUAUGUGAUCUCGAAGCACAUAUGCGAAGGCACCAGUGGCGACAUCAACGGCACUCUUUUUGAGACCCUGUUCACGCUCCUCAGUGUCGUGGCGGUGUUCGUCUUCUGGUCAUCAAUCACUGAAGACGACUGGCCGAUCCAGUGA